UAGAAAUUGUCAGCAUAAAGAUGAUGGUUUGUAUGGUGUAGAUCUGCCACCAAAUCCAGAACAAUCUUACCAGUCUUCCCAAUAGCACCCAGUCUCUCUGUCAUCCUUCCCAGCAUAGAUUGAAAAAUUUUUGCAAUAGCCAGUCUUGGCAUCGCAGAGUUCAAAGAAUUUCACACCAAAUUUAACCAGCUUAUCUGGCAUUCUCACCUUAAUGGAAAGCUUUCCUUUGAAAGGAACCAUCGCUUCAUUGAUGGAGAUUUCACGGGAACAGUUGAAAAGGUUCUUGAAUUUCUGAACAAUAUCAUGCUAAAGUCCUCUUACUUUGUACAAAGGGUCUUUCUUCUCUUCCUCCAUUUGUUCAUGGUCUGGAUCGCAAAAGAAUAUGUAUGAUGUUAAUUGGAAGAAAUGUUUUUGAGAGCAUAAAACGUUUUUCACUCCUGGAAUGUGAAAUAACUUUGUUUCUGAAGAUGACAAAUAGUAUCGCUUGUCGCGUGGAACAACAAUCAUGUCAUUUGUAAUGAUCAAUACAGCUAGAAAUGCCUUCAGCUCUUCAGAUGUGACCGGUUGCCAAUUUGGUGCUCGCUUUUUCUGAGCGUUCUUGUUUGCGAAUUCGACCAUUUUACGGAAGAUUUCCUCAGUGAAAAACAAUGAGAAAAAGUCAACAGCCUUACUGGAAUCAGGUAAGUUGAUUGUGAGAGCAGGUCUUAGUGUAAACAGUUACAUGUUUCCAUUGAAGCGCUGCCUCUCCCACUGCAUGUUUUCAGGCAAAUUAAAAUCAAAACCCGAAAACUCAUCUUCCUCUUUGUCGGUAUCAAACAGUUCUCGAAGGUCAUCAUCUUUCAGGCCUGAAAAUUCAGUUGAAGAUGAUAGUUCCGAUGCGGAAAGAUUGUCGUUCUCAUCUGAAGACAUUUAAAAAUGGCGUGGAUCGGUUCUUUUAAGCAUUAAAAUGUUCAAAACAAAAUAUCUUGCAAACACGGUGGCUCGUUGCUAGGCAUUUUCCUCCCAUAGCGUCCUUUUGGUCACGUGACCAAGCGGCCCUCCGAUGGCGUCGUUUGUUUGUGCUCAAAAUAAUGUUGCUUUCAAUAGCCGCUCGUUGGUUACGACAGCCAAUAUGAUUAUAUUUAGCCAUCAUAUAAUAGCCCAACCUUCCAACUACCGAUUUUUAAUAGUUCCGAUUGCAUAUGUUUCCGCUAGAGACGGAUUAUGACAUCUGUUUAAGUCCCACUCUAAGGCACAUUUCUGGGUUAAAAAUUGACUAGGACUGGACCAAACCGUCUUUUUCCAGGGUAGGGACAGUCUUCCCAUAUUAGCGCUUCUUUUCAAUUUCGGGAUCCCCCCAUAGGAUUGUUUGGGAGAGCAAAAAACUAAAUUGUGAUGUUAUGAUAGAGUGGUUCGUGGAGGAAAUUGCGAAUUUCUUUAUAUUUCCUUUUUGUAACCUCCCUAAUAUGAAAUAAAAAAGCUUUAUCGAUGCCUUUUGUCUUUAUUUAUUCUUGCUUUGGGAGCAGAGAGCUAUAAAUUUGUUUGUCUUAAACCCAGAGUUUAUUGGGUACUCGAAGCUUCUUGUUGGCCGCCAUAUUGGAUUCAUCACUGGCAUCGACCAUUCAUACAGCACAGCAAUAGAAGGACCUUUUACUGGCAAUUUUCGAUAUGGAACACAAUCUCUCAGGCGUUGAAGGGAAAGAGAGUCGAAAGCAAUCAUGUGGAAAAAGCAAAAAGUGCAGCAAGCCCAAUGCUCACCCUGGACGCUGUGAUUCAAAGAGAGUUUUUCAUGAGUUUUGGAAAAGUUCAACUUCGCAUAUAGCUUUGAAAAGGAAGGGUCAAUUAAAUGAAGAAAAUAGGAAAAUAGAAGAAGAACUUCACACCAAAAAGGCUCGUCUGGAUGAAGUUGACAAACAAGUGGAAAGCUCAGUAGCUCAAAAGGAUGCAGCUGAAGGGGAACUUGAAAGGCUUGAAAGAAGUGUAGAAGAAAAGACACUUCAAGUUCAACAGCAAGAGGAGAAAGUCAAGGAAUUAAAUGAGCAAUACCACAAAUUUAAAUCUUUGCUUGAGCAGAAAGGGUUUUCUGUCAGUAGGAGACAAAAUACUACUACUACUUAUGAGAUGGUUACAAAUGUCAAUUCUAGUACUAGAUAUAGAAGAAGACAUGAAACCAAAAAUGUCUUACAAUUUAUACAUGGGGGAAAAGAAGGAUCACUCUAUGGGGCUUGGGAUUAUGUGUCAUCUACUGCUGACAAUCAAACCAUGGAUAAGCUGAUUUCAGGGCUCAAACGGGGAAAAUAUAUCCAAGGCUUGUUUGACAAGACAAUGAAGCACUAUCAAAAUUCAGAAGAGGCUUUGAAGCAAGCUGUGCUUAUGAAGUACCAAAACUUUUUGUCUAGAAGAAAGUAUGCCCUUGUCUGUAAAACUCAGUCCUCAGUUUUUGAUCCCAAUUCUGAACUCUGGGUGCCUCGCAACAUGAAAUGUUUAGGUCUGGACUUAAGGGUUCCAUGUAUAACUAUUUCUGAUAAGCGGGUGGAAAAUUUUGUGAAGAGUCUUGACAUUGGCCAUGUCAAUCAAAUCCCCAAUGCACCGGGUGUUUCUAGAACAAUAACUGGGUUGGUAUUUAUGGUAAUUGAUUUGCACUUGAGACUUCCUCAUUUGUCACGUAAACUCACUUGGUUCAAUGGGAACACAAAUCAUUUUAUAUUUCAAUUUUCUGAUGAUGGGGCUCCUGAGUCCAGCCAACUAACUAUGUCAAUAGGAAGUCUGACAUGCUGGAACUUUGGGGAUAGGGUAAGAAGUAGGGAUUUCCAAUAUAUUUUACACUGUGUCAGUUUGGGGGAAAAACAUGAGAUGCAUGAAAGAAGCAACAUACUGAUGAAAUGGAAAUGUUAGAGGGUAAUGUUUUUAAUGUUUGUGACAGGUAAUGUACUUUAGAGUUUCAGCCAAGUGCUGAUAUGAGCUGGCAGAGCUGGGCUAAUAAUGAAUUAAAUCAAGUUGCUACUUAUCCUUCUCCUUAUGCUGAUGUUAGCAAAGGAAACAUGUGUACCAUGGGUGCUACAAUUGGGUUGAGGGAAGAAGAUUUAUUUCAGCCAUUUACACUAGAAAUCAGGAAAUCUCAUGUUAACAAGGUUGACAAUUUCAUGAAUUCAUUGCCGUCUAAUUUGUCUGAGAAGAAUCACCAUGCCAGAAAACUAAAGUUUAUGGCAGAAAGUGGGAUACGGCAGUUAGGUCCACCCCAGAUUGGUAUUUUUGCAGACCGACAGUGGCCAGAGCCUGUCCACUGUGAAAUUUAUGCAUGGCAGCAUUUAUUAAACAUCAUUUACAGAGAGGCAGUACAGAGAGGUACAUUUACAGAGUUUAUUGAUAUCCUGACUGCCUCAGCUGUAGGACAGAGUACUCAUCAGGGUACUGUCCCUGAGAAGCCGAGGGUUUCUGUUUCUCAUGAUGAUGGAGCAGGAGAGAGAUCCACUAAAGUUGAUAUUGUGAAUGAUUCUAACACAAAGUUUGUAAGUGGUCUAGGUAAUGCAAUAUCAAGUUUCC